CGGAAUUUGAUUGUAUUUGAAUGCAUAAAAUGCACCCAGUGAGGUUCAAAUCCAUUUCUAAACACAACGUCCAGCGUGUUGAAAUGUCCGCAAAACAGAAACCACUAAUUACGCAACAUGCGUAGAACAUGUUUAUGUUAACGCUACACUUCCGGUUUUUAUGAGGCGAUUGUGCGCGCGCUGACGCAGCCGAACUCGGCCGAGUUGCACAGUCAUGCUGAUGUGGAUCAGACUUAUGGCACCAGCUAAUCAGAGAGCAUGGAGACAUAAAGCAGACACACUUACCUGAACAACAUGAACUAUAAUUGUGGAUUUAGGAUGAUGGACAUCUAGCUAUUCUGGAGCCCUUUUGAGGUCAUUUUGUUAGUAUCUAUAUGAUAUUCUCUCUGUAUUUGGUCUAAAUUGUUGAACAAUGCGAUUUGGACCGAGAUACAACCCAGUCAAGAUGGAUUUAGUCUUAGAACAAAAACAACCGGCUUCCUAUCACCCAGUGACUACCAGUUGUGUUUGUAUUACUUCAUGACACAUGGUUGGAUCUAGUCUUUUUUGCCUGCCCUAUAUCCUGAGAAACCAAAUACAACCCAGCCUUGGAGAAUGAUAUGUCCAAGGAAGAAGAGGCCCAUCAAAGAUGAGGAUUUUUCAGCCAUCGUGGUGCCCUCCAUGAAAGGCCAUGGUUAUCUGGACUACACCAUCGAGAGCCACCCUUCCAGAGCACUUCACCUCAUGGACGAGUUGCGUCAACACGGACUGCUCUGUGACCUGGUACUUCAGGUGACGUACAAAGAUUCUACAGUGGAUUUCAAGGUGCACAAACUGGUUCUGGCAGCCUGCAGCCCAUACUUCAAAGCCAUGUUCACCAGCAACUUCAGGGAAUGCCAGGCCUCAGAGGUGACACUCAGGGAUGUUUGCCCUCAGGUGAUCAGUAGGCUGGUGGACUAUGCCUACACCUCCCGCAUUACAGUAGGGGAAAGGUGUGUGCUGCAUGUCCUGCUGGCUGCCAUGCGCUUCCAAAUGGAAGAUGUGGCAAAAGCAUGCUGUGACUUCCUGAUCAAGAACCUAGAGCCCUCAAACGUCAUUGGAAUUGCCCGGUUUGCAGAAGAGAUCAGCUGUGUCGAGCUGCAUCAGCGGUGCCGGGAGUAUAUCAAUAGCCACUUCAGUGAGGUGACCAAAGAAGAGGAGUUCUUCAGCCUGACGCACUGCCAGCUGCUGGAGCUCAUCAGCCAGGACAGUCUGAAGGUUCUGUGCGAGACCGAGGUCUACAAAGCCUGCAUUGACUGGGUGCGGUGGGAUGCAGAGGCUCGCUCCCAGUACUUCCAUGCUCUACUCAAUGCUGUCCGCAUCUAUGCCUUGCCAGCCAAGUUCCUCAAGAGGCAGUUGCAGUCAUGUCCUAUCUUGAGCAAGGCCAACUCUUGCAAAGACUUCCUCUCUAAGAUAUUCCACGAUAUGACCCUCCGCAAGUAUCUGCCCCCUACUCCAUACCGAGGCACUAAGUUGAUCUACAUGGCUGGGGGUUAUAAACAGCACUCAUUGGCGUCCAUGGAGGCUUUUGACCCACGAAGCAACACAUGGCUGGGCCUGGCACCAAUGGCGCAACCCUGCAGUGGCUUGGGGGCCUCCGUACUGUUUGGACUCUUCUACACUUUGGGGGGUCGUAACCUCUCACUGCAGAGCAAUGCAGACUCUGCAGCACUGUCCUGCUACAACCCCAUGACCAAUCAGUGGACCCAGCUUGCCUCUCUUAACUCAGCCAGAAAUAGAGUGGGCACUGGGGAACUCGAUGGGAGCAUCUAUGCAGUUGGAGGAUCCUAUGGCUCCACCCAUCACAACACAGUGGAAAGGUAUGAUCCAGAGACUAACAGUUGGAUAUAUGUGGCACCAAUGUCAGUGGCACGCCUGGGAGCUGGGGUAGCAGCAUGCGGUGGAGCUCUGUAUGUGGUAGGGGGCUUUGACGGGCAAAAUCGGUGGAAAACAGUGGAACGAUAUCAACCAGACACGAACACUUGGCACCAUGUAGCAUCUAUGAAUACUGCACGAAGUGGCUUAGGUGUGGUGUCUAUCGAUUCUUACCUCUACGCAGUCGGUGGUUAUGAUGGCCAACGGCAGCUCAGCACUAUGGAGAGAUAUAACGUAUCUAGAGAUGUCUGGGAGCCCAUGGCUUCCAUGGCCCACAGUCGAAGUGCCCAUGGAGUCACGGCCUACCACGACAAACUCUUUGUGUUUGGUGGUUUCAACCAGAGUGGUUUCCUGUCCAGCGUGGAGAGUUACUGCCCAGGAAGUAACCAGUGGACGUAUGUGACUGACAUGCCAGUGGGACGAAGCGGAAUGGGAGUGGGUGUAACCAUGGAGCCGUGCCCAGGUUGCCUUCCUGAGGAGGAAGAUGAAGUAUGAUGAAGAAUUUGAACCUUGCACAGUCAAGUGGCAGUAUUUGACAAGACUGUGCGCUGUACGUGUGUUUGUGUUUUGAAAGCAAUCGUUAGAACUACUGACAUUUCCAAAUGAGCUUUGAUUACUCUGUGAAUAAAAUCUGAAUAAAAGCUUUGACCUGUA